CUCUAGUCCCUCCCUAUUACUCUCACUGAAAUAAAUUUUCUUCUCUGCUCUUCUUCUUUAUCUUGUUCCCGUGCAGAGAAUGGCAGGAAAAGAAGGCCACGCAAUCGGGAUUGAUCUGGGGACAACGUACUCGUGUGUCGCAGUGUGGGAGCACGAACGUGUGGAAAUCAUAGUGAAUGAUCAGGGUAACAGGACCACUCCAUCUUGUGUUGCCUUCACUGAGACUGAGCGAUUUGUUGGUGAUUCAGCCAUCAACCAAAUCAUCAGGAACCCCACCAAUUCCAUUUUUGAUGCAAAGAGGUUAAUUGGUAGGAGAUUCAGUGAUGCCACGGUUCAAAGUGAUUUGAAGCUCUGGCCAUUUAAAGUCACUGAAGGUCCUGGCGGCAAGCCCUUGAUUGUGGUUACCCACGAGGGACAAGAGAAACAGUUCGCUGCCGAAGAAAUUUCAGCCAUGGUUCUAUCGAAAAUGCGGGAGAUUGCUGAGGCCUACCUCAACUCCACUGUGAAGAAUGCAGUUAUCACUGUCCCUGCUUACUUCAAUGAUUCACAGCGUCAGGCUACAAAAAAUGCUGGCAACGCUGCUGGUCUAAAUGUGAUGAGCAUCAUCAACGAACCAACAGCUGCAGCAAUUGCUUAUGGCAUUGACAGGAAGGCUGGUUGGUAUAGCAAGAGAAAUGUGAUGAUAUUUGAUUUAGGUGGUGGUACUUUAGAUGUUUCACUACUUACCAUAGGUGAUGGUGUGUUUGAAGUGAAGGCCACGGCUGGAGACACUCACCUUGGAGGAGAAGACUUCGAUAACAAAAUGGUGGACUUUUGUGUUGAGCAAUUCAAGAAGAAACAUAAUUUGGACGUGAGUGGAAACUCUAAAGCACUAAGGAGGUUAAGAGACGCAUGUGAGAAAGCAAAGAGGAGGCUUUCGUUUACUUCAGCCACUGACAUUGAAAUCGACUGUUUGUAUGAGGGAACUGAUUUCUAUACAACUAUUACCCGUGCCAAAUUUGAGCAAUUGAAUAUGGAUUUCUUUAACAAGUGUAUGGAGCCAGUCGAGAAGUGUUUGAAGGAUGCCAAUAUGGAAGUAAGCAGUGUCCAUGAUGUUGUUCUUGCCGGUGGAUCUUCUAGAAUUCCCAAAGUGCAGGAACUGUUGCAGGAUGUGUUCAAGGGGAAGCAGUUGUGCAAGAGUAUCAAUCCGGAUGAGGCAAUUGCGUAUGGUGCCGCUGUUCAAGCUGCAGUCUUGAGUGGGAAUGGAAAUGGGAAGCUUCAGGACUUCACUGAGGAUGUCACCCCUUUAUCACUUGGAUUUGAGUGUCUUGAACGUGGUAGUUCCAAGUUAUUCAUGAACAUUGUGAUUCCAAGAAAUUCUAGAAUUCCAGUCAUGAAGAAAACUAGUGUAACUACCGUUUAUGACAAUCAAGAUUUGGUGGACUUUGCUGUUUAUGAGGGUGAAAGCUGCAUAGCUAAAAACAAUAACUUUUUGGCUAAAUUUACCCUCGAUGGUAUUCCUCCAGCACCGAAAAAUGUUCCUUCAUUUGAAGUUUGUUUCAAUAUUGAUGCCAAUGGUAUCCUGAAUGUCUCUGCCGAAGACAAGUCCACCGGCCAAAAGAAAGGGAUUACAAUCAAGAGUGACAGUGACAUUCGAAAUUUUGAAGGAAUUGAGAAAGUGAACUGAAGACGUUAUGAUGAAUUUUGGUAGGCUGGAUCAGAUUGGAACAUUAGUAUUGGUAUUAACGAUCAAUUAGUUGAAUGAGGCGUUGUUAGAGUUUUCAUUUGCAUUCCGAUGUUAAAUCCUUAUUAUGAUGAAUUUUGAUGAAGUUUUAAUAGACUUUCAUAAAUUCUAUAUGUAUGAUUUGUGUAAAUUUCUUCAAAAUCUCAUAGGGAUGAAUUCGAAGA